AUGUCUAUAGGAAUACGUGACAAACGAGUUUUAUAUGACAAUCCAUGUGCACCUAUUGUAAAAUUUACUCAAACGAAUUCUCAUUCACAUACUAAUGAUGAUUCUGAUGAAGAAGAUAUGACUGAUGAUCAAGCAAUAUCGAAUCAUAAUAAUGAUACAUUAUUAAAUCCUGCACUUGGCGAACAUUCAUUUAAAGCAAUUUCACUUGAAGAUCUUGUUAAAUCAUUUGAUAAUACAAUAAAUGCUUGUUUUAAAGAUGAACAAGUAAUUGAAUUAGACGAAAAACAAUUUAAAACAUCACAAAAAGAUCUUGUUGCUUCAUCAAAUACAUGGUCAGAAUUAAUUGAAAAUCUUCGUACAUCACUUCGUCAUGAUUUAAAAUUACCAAAUAUAUCACAAAGUUGUCAAAUAGCAAUGAAUAGUAUUUAUAAUCAAACAACUAAAUUAAAUACAAAUGAAGAUGAUAUAACAUCAAUUGAUGAUCUAAAUGAUGAUGAAGAAGAAGAACUACGUGAACAAUUAGAUAUGCAUUCAGUUAUUAUUUCAUCAAAUCAUGAACCAUUUCUUACAGCUGAACAAGUUAUUAGUGAAAUUGAUUUUAUGUUACAAGAUAUGACACCUGAUUCAGGUUAUUGUGAUGAUCAAUCAACAUCUGAUAUACUUGAUUUACGUACAAGACGUGUUAAAUAUUUAUCAUCAAGUAUGCAUAAUGAUGAAAUAGAUUUAAAAUCACAAACAAUUUAUUCAUUAAAUGAAUUAUAUGAAGAAUUAAAUACAUCUGUUAAAGAAUUAUCAAAUUUUCUUGUUCAAGAAUUAGCUAUUCGAGAUGAACUUGAAUAUGAAAAAGAAACAAAGAAUACAUUUAUUUCACUUGUACUUAGUAUUCAAAAUAAACGUCGACAUCAUCAGGGUGAAAAACGUCCGAAACGUCGUUCUAUAUUAGGAAAUAGCAAUUAUAUUGAACCGGGAACGUAUCUUACAACGGUGAUUCCAUAUGAUCGUGAUCAUCCAACAUAUUUAUCGGUUGAACAUUUACAAAGUUUAAAUAAAAUACUUCACGCAAUUAAUGAAGAUAGUCCUCAAGUGCCAGAACUUUUAACAAAAUACAUUCUCAAUGUUCUAUGUCCAUGUUGA